AACAGAUGUCUCUUGAUUACCUUGAUUGAUUGAAUGUGAAAUGCGGAAGUAAAGUUCGAGAAAUAACCUUGAAUAAAUGCAAUGGUAACAGAUGCAUGGUAACGAACCCUUCCUUUCCUUUACUUUCUUUUCUCCAGUCUUUCUCUUUCUCUUCAUUCUUCCAUCAUCUUCAUUCUCAUCUUGUCUUCAAAUUUCGAUUGAGUCUUGCGCUAUUUCCUAACCAUUCGAUUCACUAUGGUUACCAUGAACAGUGAAUACGGAACAGUCUCGAGUCUGUCUUCACCAUUGGAUCCCAAAUAAACUUUGGGGUUUACACAGCAAAAUACCAGUUAUCAGGAACCAUUUUAUUUUCAUUCUAAUCACAGUUACAGAAUUAUUGAAUAAUACAAAUUGUCGCCCAAUUGUCGAUCAACUAUAAAAGCGUCAAAGUGACUGAUAAUCAAGCAAAAGUGUAUCACUGGAACGUGUGGAGGUGGGAGGUUGGAGACAAUAUCAACAACAACAACAACAACAGCAACAUCAACAGUAACAGCAACAACAGUAACAACCAUCAAACCAUGAAGUAUAAAGUAAAGAUACAAAAUUAUCUGAAGGAAUCUGGUUCCAAAAGUGGGACUCAAAGUGAAUUAAAUGAAAACUCAAAGGUCCAACAUCUAUUCAAUGUUGAAUCGAUGGUUGAUAAAAGUGCCAGACUUUCCAUGGUUGAAGGUAAUUCAGGACAUGAUUCAAUGAAAGACUGUGGUAGCUGUGCAAGCGGUGAAAGCUCACCAGUUUCAAUAACUGAUAAAGUUGAUGUUGACUCUUCAACCUUAAACAAUGUUGAUCAAAGAACUCGAAAGCCUCAAUGUGCUCGUUGUCGAAACCAUCAAGUUCAAUCUGAUCUUAAAGGUCAUAAAAGGUUUUGUAAGUUUAAGGAUUGUGUUUGUGCCGAUUGUCUAAUAACGGAGGAAAGGCAGAAGGUUAUGGCCAAACAAGUUGCUCGAAGAAGACAACAAGAAGAUGACAUGAAACAUGGACGACUAUCAACAGUUCCAACUGCUCCGAUAAAGCGGCCUUUCUUUAAAGAGACAACCACUGAACUUGAAAGUAAGUCAAAGUUGAUUAAGACAAAUCAUGAACCAAGCAAAGAGGAAAUUUCAUUGGAAAAAUUAAUUCAAACCUCAAGUCAAAUCCAGAGUAUACUGAAUACGGUAGGAAAUGAAAAGUUAUUUACAUUUCUUGUAAUGGCUUUUGUACGAGAUAAUAAAGGUAAUAUUGAACAGUGCUUAGCCAAACUCAAGUUAGAAGAAUCAACUUUACUUUCAAAUCCUUAUUAUCCAUAUAAAAAUGGUUCUUCAGUUAACAUGGUACAUCAUAUUAAUCAACCCGCUGUCUCGGAAUUCAUUAACCAUCAGCAUUUUUACGAAAAGAUAAGAACUGGUUUCGGAGCUAAAAUUGAUGGAACCUUAAUAACCAAUAACUACAUUAGCAAUGGUCAAUUAGUUCGCGCUUUAAAUUACCGACAAUAAAUGGUUGAAGGAACAGCAGCAAACGACAAACUGAAAGACAAAACAAUAAGAAAGAAAUCGCCUAAAUUCGUUACAUGAAAACAAAAAUUCUUCUAUUAACAAUUCUUUUGUUUCUUUGUGUUGAAACCCUUUUCCAUCCUUUAUUUUCCUUGCAUCUUCCUUGACCAUAUUCAUAUUCACUUUGGUCAACGUUAAUGAGCAUCUUUGGAAGGCAGAAAAGGCUGGUUUAAGUGAAAAGACAACAAGAAAAAAAAGAGUGAAAUUAAUCAUGAAAAUAGUGAACAACAAAUUAAAGGUAAUUGAAGAUGAACACUGAAAGACAA